CGCUUUUUCGUGACCAGGAGGAACACCUCAAGCUUUACUCAUUUCAAUCCACCUGACCUCUCAAAAACUUUUCCUUUUUCUUUGUCUCAAUAAACAUUUCUUUAUUAUUAUCAACCUUUUCUAUAAUAAUCCUUCACCUCCGUCGACCUUCUUUUCCCCCUUAUUAUCAUUAUUAAAUUCCAUUCAACUCUUUUCAUUUUUUUAAUCUGCUGAAAAUUUGAAGUCACCAAAACGACCAAAACCACACUCGUUUUAACGGGUUUCAAACCAACACUAUAGUUUCUGGAACCUUCUUCUUCUGGCGGCGAUUAACUGCAACCGCAGUUGAGACCUCACCGGCUAGCGAAUGCUAUGACUUUCUCCGCAUCUUCUCUUCGUCCUACCUCUUCUCCGUCCUGCUCACAGUUGCUAUGCUCUCUAAGGUACAAUAGGAAGCUUCGGAGCCAAAUAGGUUUUGUUGUGACUCAAGGAAGAAAAGAUCGCUGGUUAAGGAAUGGUGUUACUGUUAGAUCAGUGUUGAGUGACAAUAGACCUAGUUUUAACAGUUAUGGUGCGCCGGAAUCUGCAAGGCUUCUUGAGAGGUUGUUUGAGCAGACGCACAAACUGGAGAACCGGAUGGCUGGAGAACCGUAUCUUCGUGAUUUUGAGUCGGAUCUUUUAUCGGCGCUCAUGGAAUUGAAGGAGAAGGAGGAUCAUUUACAGGAAGUGGAGAGAACUGUUUUAUUGGAGAAUGGAAAAUUGAAGCAUGCUAAAGAGGAAUUAGAGCGUCAGGAGAGUGAAAUUGAGGCUGCACGCAAUAAGUUUGAGAGGCUUGAAGAGGAGAUGAAGGAGGCGACGGCUAGUUUGGUUUCUCAAACUGGACAGAUAGAGGAAUUGAAGAUCCGGCUAAGGGAUCGUGAUAGUGAGAUUGGUGGUUUACAUGAUGCGUUGUCUUUGAAGGAAGAAGAGGUGGAGAAAAUGAGAGUUGCUUUGGCUAAGAAGAGUGAAGAAGCUGCUUAUGUUGAUUCUGAGCUUAGGCAUAAGGUUCGGCUUCUGAGUGAAGCAAACAAGGUUGUUAGCAAACAAGAAAUCGAGCUUCAAGAACUUCGGCAACUUGUACGACAAAGAGAAGAUGAACUGCGUGUUACGGUGGCUGAGAGAGCAUCUGAAGGAGAAAAGCUCAAGAUCGCGGAGGCCUCUUUAGAAAAGCAAGCGAUGGAGUGGUUGUUAACACAGGAGGAACUUAAGAGACUUGAAGAGGAGGCUUCAAGGCAUGCGCGUGAGAGUAGUGAAACACUAGAGGAUUUUAGAAGGGUGAAAAAGCUUCUCAGUAAUGUGAAGUCUGAGUUAGUUUCAUCUCAGCAAUCGCUCGCGUCUUCUAGGAACAAAAUGGAAGUACAGGAAAGGUUGAUGGAUCAGCAGCUGGCUGAACUUGAAGACCAAAGGAUUAGCGUCAUGUUGUACAUGGAAAAUUUAAAACAUGCCCAAAUAGAAGUGGAGAGUGAAAGAACUAAACUUGAGGUUGCAGAGGCUUUGAACAAAAAACUUGAACUCGAUCUGUCUACAGAGAAGGAGCUCAUGAACGGGUUACAGGAAGAGCUGAAGAAAGAGCGAGCUUCUUUAGAGCAGGCUGUCCAAGAAAUGUCUUUGAUUCAACAGGAAUUAGAUAUAAAAAGUGUCGAGUUAAAGAAAACAAGUGCUCUUCUUGAUGUUAAAGAGUCAGAGCUUGUUGAUGCUAAGCUAGAAAUCCAGCAUUUGAAAUCUGAAAAGGCUUCUCUUCAGAUUCUUUUAGAGGAGAAAGACAUGGAACUUUCCAGUGCUAGGAAGAUGCUGGUGGAACUAAACCAGGAAAUCUCUGAUCUUAAGAUGCUUAUGAGCAACAAAGAAACGCAGCUUAUUGAAGCAACCAACAUGUUAAGGGAGAAAGAUGAGCAUGUGAAGACAAUCGAGAAUAAGCUGAAUAAUACAAGCCUGAAGGCUUCCGAAGCUGAAACUGUAGUAGAACGAGUUUUAGAUCUCACAAACAAACUGGUUGCUUCCAUUAAGAAUGAAGACAUCAUCAAUUCAUCAAGACCACUAGAUGAAUUGAGCGGUCACCUAACCAUGCAACUUUCCGAGGUGCGUACUAAUGAAUUGAGUUUGCAACAAAAACAGCUUGAGAAUGUGCUCGAGUUGACCAAGGAAGACUUAAAAACGAAGGAGAUGGAAAUUCUUGCAGUACAGAAGGCUCUGACAAUGAAAGAUGAGGAGCUUAAAAUGACUAUUGCAAGAUUGGAAGCGAAAGAGGAAGAGUUAAGAGGAGCAAGGGACAAGGUGACAGAAGAUGCUAAUGAUCAUAAAAGGCUGCAUGCUUUGGCGCAGGCGAGAGUCAACGAGAAAAAUAUGGAUGACUUGGCAAUCGAGAAGCUUCAACUUGAGACAGCUCAGCAUGAAGUUAAAGCUGCUACUAGUGCUCUGCAGAAACUUGCUGAAAUGAGUCAACAACUUUUGAAUAAAACCAUUCCGAGUGCUGAAGCCGAUAGCUAUAUCAGUGCCAUGCUAAAUAACAAUGAUAUUAAACUCGAUUCAAUCACAAAUAUCAACUGCAUCGACUGUUUAGCCGUAGUAAAAGCAGGAGUUGCUCGACUCUCGGCAUUGACGGAGCAACUUGUGAUGGAUGCUGGUCUUAUUGCUGCAAGCUAGAAGAUAUGUUAAAUGGACGUUUCAUUGUGGAAGGACAUUGUAUUGUUAUUUUUUGUGGCUAAAAGCCAUUGCAAGGUUAACCACAAAAAGUAGGUUAUAAGAUAUUCACUUUGUUUGCAAGAUUAUUAAUGUAUAGCGAUUGUAUUUGUUGUGUAUUUGUGCAGGUGGAAACUUUAUUCUGUUGUAAUAGGUACAAAUUCAGAGUGUAUUUGUUUCGAAGACAAAUAUUUUAUCAGUUUUGCAUAGUUGCUCUCCACUAAACUACAGUAUAUGAAAGAAUAAUACGCCCCAUUUUUCUGGCCUUUUGCAGUCAA